AUGGAAGCAGGUAGACAUGUACGAGUGGGAGGCACCAAUGGUGCUGCCCGCGCUGGUGAACCAGAACCCACCGACGGGACACAAUUGGUCAAAUUUCGUUCCGAGAAGGUGGACGUUAACAUCGAAGACCUUGACGACACACUGCCGACGAUGACUGCGAGACUGCGAUUGGGUGCGCGGAUUUCCAAGGUGGAGAAAGCCCUGCGCCAGUAUCUGGCAGAUGAUAUCGAAGAGACCGAUACCAUCCUACUGUACAGAGAUGGAGAGCCCCUUUGCGAUGACGAUCUGUCGCUACCACCCAGCUUGAUACAAUUCCGAGUCUAUCCUUCCUACGAAACACCAGGAGACCUGACCCCACGCUUGACCUUCGAUUCGCCUAACAAAAAGUGCGCCAUGAUGUUCGAGAAGAUGAGGAUUCCUCUGCUCGACGAAAUCUCAACCGGUAUGACCGUAGAUGGUCUAAGGAAUAAAAUUUCCAACAAGCUGGGCCUCCCUGAUCCGAAUGUCGUCGUCAUUUCUGCUAGUGGAGGCAUGCGACCGGGUCCACUGGAAGGCGGACACUGGGAAAUCCGCCGGGUUCAAAAAUGGCUUUGCCGCGAUAUCACGAUCGAGAUAGCCCCGGAACGUCGCUACGUGGUUCUGCGCGGCUGUGCCAAGCAGUACCUUUAUCAUCCGUCAUCGUCAAGCUCUAACAAGGAGGGAACGACUGUGGGCAAGGUCAAACAGUGGUUGAAGGACAUCCUUCUUACAGGUGUCCAUGUGAAAUGUUCGAGCAAGGUCGACAUCGACAUUUCCGACAUUUCCAUAAUGGACUGGUACCUUACUCUCGAAGAUAACUCUUCUCUUGUGCCGUGGGCCUCGACCAUAGACUUCAGCGUUCCUGCUCGUGUGGCCGAGACUUUUGCCGAGGAACAAAGCUGGUUGGCCCCCAUCAUUUACAAGUGUGCUAUCUGUAUGGAACAGAAGCGAGACGACGAGAUGGCCAACCAGGUAACAAAGCUGUGCACCCAUAAGCCGAGGGUCUGCAUCAAGUGUCUCGAACAUUGGAUCCCAUCCUGCCUUCAGAUGAAUGGCUGGGAAAGGGUCAACUGCCCUACCUGUGCUGAACCCAUGGAGUUUGGCGAUAUCAAAACCCACGCUAAGAAGGACAUCUUCGAAAGCUGCAAAGGAAGGCAGUGCAUCCUCCACGAUGUGAAGUGGCACGAGGGGCUCACCUGCCGGGAAUACGAAGAGAGGAACUCCUCGAAGGUCAAGCAAGACAAGGCAUCGGAAGCAACGGUCAAAGAAAUCUCGAAGCAAUGCCCACGCUGCAAACGCAAUAUUAUCAAGUUUGUCGGCUGCAACCACAUGACGUGCCACUGUGGACACCAAUGGUGCUAUCACUGCCGCGAACCCUGGCAAUUCGACAAUGUCGGCAUUCUCGCGUGCGAGCACAAGCCUAACUGUCCCGAGCACCACACGAAUCCAUUCUUCUUCGAUGAAUUGGAAAAUGACGAGCCUCCUGCCUUGCCGCCCGCCGCCUUCCCUCCUGUCAUCCGUCCCCGAGUCGAACCCCCGCCUCUACCUGCCCCUCCUCUUCCCGGACCUCAUUUGCAUAAUUUACUUAUGGAGGAGUUCGAACCCGCGCCCUUUAGAUCUGCCGCAAUGGACAGGCUUCUUGAGAUGCGCGGCGAUGCUGCCUCGCCAAUGCGCAGGCCUCUGGCACAACAGCCCCUGCCGCCCCCAUCGGUCCCGCUGCAGCUGUCGCAAAUGGCGCGGACGCCGCCUGGCUCUGCCAUGGCCCCCAUCGAAAGCUGGUUUGAGGAUGACGAUGUGUAUGCUCCGACCCCGAUGCCGUCUAGGUUCCGCGCCCGAGAGCAACGAGAGCAGCAGGCGAUUGAGCAAAGACCUAGAGGAUUCCGGGCCCCGCAGGUCAUGGAGCGAGCGCCGCGAGCCACGCGAAAUCAGAAUGCGGUUGAUCACCGGAUUAGAGGAACGGUUGAAUUCAACUUGCCGGAACCGCGGCAGGAGAUGAGCUUGACUAGAGACAGGGAGAGGGAGAGGCAUGUGCAUUUGCCGGAUCAAGCCCCGCGACGCCCGCAGGUUUGGACGCAGCGAUUCGUGCCUCCUCCGAGACCGACGAAUCGGCAGUGGAUGUAG